AUGUUAAUAAAUAUAAUAAUGGUAAUUUUAAUUAUGUAUUUAAUUGGAAAUUUAAUUUUUUCAUCUAAGCAAAAACAUUUAUUAAUUGUAUUAUUAAGUUUAGAGUUUAUUGUAUUAAGAAUAUUUUUUUUAAUUUUAUUAUAUGUUAGUUAUUUUGAGAGUAAUAUAUAUAUAUUAAUAGUAUUUUUAGUAUUUUCUGUUUGUGAGGGGGCUUUAGGGUUAUCAAUUUUAGUAUCAAUAAUUCGAACACAUGGAAAUGAUUAUUUUCAAAGUUUUAAUUUAUUAUAA